GAGGACAAGGAGCUAUAUGUUGAACGUAUAUGACUUGAAACAAUGGAAUUAAGCUUGCAGAACUUAAUUGGCAAGGUCGCAAUUCAAGAGCCUACUUUUGAAGAAGUGAUUGUCUUGUACAGGAGGAAAAGUCCCAAGGGCCAGAAUGAUAGAGCAAUCCAUGUAAAACACUUCAAAAAUAUUCCAAUGGCAGAUAUGGAGUUGGUUCUGCCUGAGAAGAAAAACCCAAGCCUCACACCAAUGGAUUGGGUUCAAUUUAUUGUUUCUGUUGUUAUCGGACUUGUUACACUCAUCAGUUCACUGGAAAUACCUAAAGCUGAUUUCUGGGUUGUGAUUGCCAUUCUCUCUGCUCUGGCAGGAUAUUGUGCCAAGAUCUAUUUCUCGUUUCAACAGAACAUGGCAACCUAUCAAAACCUAAUCACUCAAUCAAUGUAUGACAAACAACUAGAUAGUGGGAAAGGCACUCUCCUGCACCUCUACGAUGAUGUGAUUCAGCAAGAAGUAGGUCUACUCGUGUUUUAUUCAGAAUCAACAAAAGAAAGCAUUUAG